AUGUUUGGACUCUUUCUGUCAGUGUUUUUGUUCCUCCCCCUGGUGACUUCUGUCCCCUCCCCUUCUCGGGCUCCGCCCAGAUUAUGCCGUCGUUGCUGUGACCACCUUGACCCUCCCGAGAGCCCCGCCUCCCGCACGGCCCCCCCAAUGCCUGAAGUCCGUACCUUUAUAAACAUGACCAUCCUUAAAGGGGACAAAGGAGACAGAGGAGACAAGGGCACUCCUGGUAAGGCAGGACCAGAGGGGCCUCCAGGUGCUCGUGGUACUGUGGGGCCCAAAGGGAGUAAGGGCCAGGCAGGAGCUCCAGGUGACCCCUGCAAGAUCCAGCACUCCGCCUUCUCCGUUGGACGUCGCAAAGCUCUGCACAGUCUGGACUACUACCAGGCUCUGGUCUUCGACACCGUCUUUGUAAACCCAGACGAACACUUCAACAUGUUCAAGGGCAAGUUCUACUGCUACGUCCCCGGCGUCUACUUUUUCAAUGUUAACAUCCAUACGUGGAACUUCAAGGAGACCUACCUGCACCUGAUGCACAACGAUCGGGAACAAGUCAUCCUUUACGCCCAGCCCAGCGACCGCUCCAUCAUGCAGAGCCAAAGCGUCAUGCUUCAGCUGGAGCUUAACGACGAGGUCUGGGUACGCCUGUACAAACGCGAGCGUGAGAACGCCAUAUACAGCGACGACGUGGACGUCUACAUCACCUUCAACGGGUACCUGGUGGCGCCCAGCGUGCAGUGA